AUGUAAAUAACCAUUAAUAAAUUUAAAAGGAUAUUUCCAGAAAAUAGAUUCUAAUUAUAUAUAAUAUUUCUUAAUUUACAAAUUAAAAAUUCACGCAAUCACAUAGCUAUGUUACUAAAUUUUUAUAACACUUUCAGACCAGACAAGACUAUUGAACAUCCUAUACUAGGAGAAAUUUCAUGCAGUGGUUAUCAUGAUGCUUUCAAGAAAUGUUAAGAAAUAGUAUCAAGUUCUCCUACUAAAUACAGUAUUUAAUGUUACAAUCUCCAUGAAAUUAGUAUGAACUGUUAUAAAUUUGAUACAAAUGAAGAAUUUUAAAAUUGGAUAAAUGGGAAAUUAGAAGAGCGUAAAAAACUUAACUAAUUUUUAAAUGAAAAUGGAUCAAUUUAACCAAAGUUAUAAAGUAGAAAUAUGUUUUAUGAUGUAUUUAUUUAAAAUGCUGAUAAAAAGCCAGAUUAAAUUAGCAAUACUGAGAAUGAACAAUAAAUUCAAAAAUACUUUAAAGAAUAAAUGAUGAAAAAUAAAGGAUUUUUCGAUCCUGAUGUUGAUGAAUAGUGA